AUGGCGAGAUCCGUGGGCAUCAGAAAGCUUGUGAGUGAAGAUGAUAGCUACGUCAUGAAUCUCGUGCUGGACGAGAUCAUCGACAAUUUCGUGUACGUGGCCAGGGCGGUGGUCAGGCUUGCGAGGAGGUGUGCCGAUCCUGUGUACCACCAAAUUAGAAGCUUCUUCGAUGACCCAAUGAACAACUACAUCAAAUGGUUUGGUUGGGAGUACAAAUGGAAGAAGAUGGACAGAAGAGUGAAGAAAAUGGAAAGGUUUAUUGCCGUCACGCUGCAGUUGACCCAAGAGCAGGAGGUGCUGGCGGAGCUUCAACAGACAGUUAGGAGGAUGAAGGCCAAUCCCAUGUCGCACCACGUCAAACUGUUUGAGUUUCAGCAGAAGGCGAUUGGCAGAUUCAGAUCGCUUUUCACGAUUCUUGAGAAAAUGAGACAUGCUUUUGGGGGUGACCAAGAUAAGUUUGAAUUAGAGGAAAUCCAUCCCACUUGUUUUUCCAAGGGCCACUCCCUCUCUGCUCUAAUACAAUCUUCGGUUCAUCCAUCUGCUUACAGCCUUGAUCCGUUCUAUUUGUCGCUGCGACCUGACAAGGAUAGAGCAAACAAAAAGGAGCACCAAAUUCGUCAUCAGCGGUCCUCGCUGAGGGAAAAGCAUGGACCGAUGAAGCAGUCACAUUACAUUGGGCCUUUCAAGGGGUGCAUUAAUGUGGAAACCGAUUCUCCCCUUAUCGACAGUUACUGCAGAACAGAGAGAGUUGAAUCGACGAGAACGACGAGUGUGUCGAGAAAUGAUGUCAGAAUAAUGGAUUACAAAGAUAUGAAGAGGUUGCUCGUGAGCAACAGAAUUUACUUUAAGCUCGCAUCUUUCUAUGCAAAGUGCGGGUGCUUAAUCGCCCCUCCUCACACUCUUGGCCAUGCUGCCUUAGCUGUGCACUAUGCUAAUGUGAUUAUUCUAAUUGAGAAGCUAGCAUCUUCGCCUCACUCGAUCACCCUCGACAUGAGAGAGGACCUCUAUCAUAUGUUGCCCGCUUCCAUUAGAACUGCUCUGAGGGCCGUGCUAAGGUUGCAUGCCAAGAGUUUGGCAUUGAUGGUGCACAAUAGUGCGAUCGUGGAGAAAUGGAGGACAACGGUGGAGCAAAUGCUCGAAUGGCUAGCUCCGCUUGCUCACAACACAAUAAAAUGGCAAUUAGAGCGGAGCUUCGAGAAGCAAAAUCAUGAUUCUGGGGCGAACGUGCUUCUAAUACAGACGCUGUACUUUGCAGAUCAACCAAAAACCGAGGAAGCGAUUGUUGAACUUCUGGUGGGUCUAAACCAUAUCUGUAGGAUCGGCAGAUUGAAAGUGAGAGCCGAGAGGUUUUUUCCGGAGACCAUGGGUAGCACUUAG